AUGCGGACGGACGGGCGGACAGACCGCGGCCUGGGAGGGCCCAGGGGGCGGGCUGGGGGUGUGCUGCGGGAGCGAGGCGGCCCGGGGGUCGCUGAUUGGCUGGCGGGCGGGAUUCCGGCGUCCGGGGGCGGACGGGAGACGCCCGGCCCGUCUACCCGCCCCGGGGCGCGUCUGCUCCGACGGGCGGGGCGACCAGAGCCAGAGAGGGAGAGGGAAACCCGCCCAGGCCCUGCGACGUGCCCUGGGCGCUCCGCCCUGGGACUCAGGACCCCCACCCCAGCCCCUCCUCCCUCAGACCCCCCGGUCGGACCUGAGCCUCCUUUCUGUCCUCUCCCUCCCUCAGGUGUUUGCUGCCUGGUCCUGGUCGCGCUGAGCCUGUGGCCAGGUAGAGCUGCUGCCCCGGGGCCACCUCCUGGCCCCCCACGGGCCUCCCCAGACCCUCGGGCUGAGCUGGACAGCGCCGUCCUCCUGACCCGCUCUCUCCUGGCGGACACUCGGCAGCUGGCCGCACAGCUGAGAGACAAAUUCCCAGCUGACGGAGACCACAACCUGGAUUCCCUCCCCACCUUGGCCAUGAGUGCGGGGGCGCUGGGAGCCCUGCAGCUCCCGGGAGUGCUGACACGGCUGCGGGCAGACCUGUUCUCCUACCUGAGGCAUGUGCAGUGGCUGCGCCGGGCAGGAGGCCCUUCCCUGCGGACCCUGGAGCCCGAUCUAGGCGCCCUGCAGGCCCGGUUGGACCGGCUGCUGCGCCGGCUGCAGCUCCUGAUGUCCCGCCUGGCCCUGCCCCAGGCGCCCCCAGACCCACCGGCACCCGCCCUGGCUCCCCCGGCCUCACCCUGGGGAGGCGUCCGGGCGGCCCAUGCCAUCCUUGGGGGGCUGCACCUGACGCUCGACUGGGCUGUGCGGGGCUUGCUACUGCUGAAGACUCGGCUGUGACCCGCCACGCGCCACCGAGAGCCACCAGCGCCCUUCAAAGCCAGACCUUAUUUAUUUAUUUAUUUCGGGACUGGGGGCGUGGCAGCCAGAGGACUCCGCCCUCACCAUUGUCUCCCUCUAGUUAGAGACGAUCCCUCCAGGAGACCUGGGCAGGGGGGCAUCUGUGCCUUAUUUAUACUUAUUUAUUUAAGGGGGUGGGUGGGAGGCAGGUGGACUCGGGGGUCCCUGAGGAGGAGGGAACUGGGGUCCCGGAUUCUUGGAUCUCUAAGAAGUCUGGCCACAGUGUCUCCCUGACCCCCACCCCUCUCGGCUUGGGCAGGAGCAUCUAUUAUUUAUUAAACAAUUACUUUCUGUGUUGGGGUGGGGAGGGAGGGGAAAAGGAGGCCUGGGUUUUUGUUCAAAAAUCUGAGAACCUUUGUGAGAUAGAGAAGAGGGAAUUAAAUUUGUCAUACACACCCA